AGUGUGAAGUUGUAGCCGACUACGUUCGCAUGGAGAUCGCCUCGGUUUGAUUUCUGUUUUCGUAGUUGACGCAGGUUGACGCGUAGUUUCGGCCUUGCUUUGCAGUUAUAUUGUGUUUAGAAAAGUCUGAACAAACAUUGUGGACCUAACAUGUGAACUGUUAUUUAGGAGUUCUGUUUUUCACAUCAAAGCGAGCAUGUGCGACCGUGGCAUUUUUUGUGAGCGCUAGGAAAACUCGCGAGGUAUGACUGUGGGAGUAGUACAAAACCUGCGUGGCUUCGCCCACAGCCAUCCACCGCUGCUGGUGUUCAGCUCGUGCCUUUUGGCCUUUGGAGUUACAAUGAUUGUGCUGGCCUACAUUAUUGGAGGCACAGAGCUGCCCAAUCCAGACAUUGACAUGGAUUGGAACGUGUUUCUCACACAUCUCUCCGAGUUACACUACUGUGUCGGACCUCAGUCGAAUCCUGGGAGCGGGGGGCUACAAUUUGGAGGCAGCAAACGUUCGGCGGCCCCACUUACCACUUCUAAUGCAACUGCGGAUGUACCGGGAGUCAAGGCAGUGGACAGAGCAAAGAGUCUGAGUGCGUUGCUUCCCGACUUGGGCUCUGGUGACCCCAAGGAUGACAGCCCCAAUGUCACAGUCGCUGUGGCUGUUCCAGCGACGUUCUUUCGGGAAGCCCUGUCCAGUCCUGUGUUCUGGCAUGGCAAUGCUCGGGGAUACAUGCUGGGAUUUUCAGGUAAACGAGCAAAGGAGCAGUUGCUUCUCACCAUGAUCCUGUGGCCGCGCAUCAAUGACACCACAGCGGCCUGUGCUGGAAAGCACUGCCAUGUGGACACGGACACCUGCAUUAUUUUGCAGGGACCAUCGCACCUCAUGCCCAAGACUAAGCGGCCACCCAGGUGCUUUCUGGAGGCUGUACCACCAUCAGUGAGCAGGCAGGUGUUUCUGCAGCGUUCAGCCGCUGACACGGGAGGCCGUGUCAACUGCAGUGGAGGCAUUUGGACUAGCUUCUUGUACAAACCCAACCCAGAGCUGACUGUCAUGCUCUCUUAUGGUGAUCGCUCUCUAGUCAACCUACAUUUGAUCCACACCAGCUACUUCCUUUUCUUCGUGGUGAUGACACUGGCCUGCUAUGCCAUCAUUCGUGGGCGCUUCCACAAGGUGACCUUGGAGAAGCAAAAGGUUCUUCACUUUUAGGUCCCUUGCAGAGGCAUGUUGUGCUACAUGUUUGACACAAGCCUCAAUAUUUGCCUACCAAGACACAACUUGCAACAUUCCAAAGAGCGCUACCAAGUAUGCCAAGCAGCUAUACCGGGCGCUGCACCGAUGAAAGCUGCACUUCUCACCACACACCAGGUUGGCUUGUGUGCCAACAGCAGCAUCAUCACAGAACAGCGAACAUUGUUGGUUGCUCUCCAGAAAUGUGAUUGUGGGCACACUGUGGAGGUGGUUACCUUGUUUUGUGAAUAAAGAAAGCUGGAAGCCAGCCGAGCACAUAAGUUUGUGUACCCACAAAAUGACCACCAUAUGUUCAAAGUGUGUGUGCUACUUGCGUGGUACUGAGGACACUCCGGACACCUGUAAUCUCAACCAUCAUGAGCAGUGGAAGUUGCAUCAGCAUGUCCUUGGAGAGGUGCUGUGUAACAAGUGAGGAAAGGAACCUUUUCGACCUGGCUCUGUACAACUGGUACAGUUUUCUGCUUCCUGUAAGUCAUGGAAAAUCUGCAAAUACCUGUUCAUAAAGAUUUUUUUUUUUUUUCGAUCUGUCAAUAUGUUGCCAAGGGCUUGUUCAAGCGUGCAGGGAGUAAGAAAAAAGGGCAGAGGGACCAUUAAAUCCAGUGGUACUGAA